GGCAUUUCUGGUUCCAGCCAUCUGCCAGCGAGUCUCAUGUGCAUUCAUGUCCCUCUCUUCUCUCUGUCCUGUCUUCUCUGCCCCCUCUUCCUCUCUGCAGGUUCACUUGCUGAAGGACCAGUUGGCUGCUGAGGCCGCAGCACGGCUGGAAGCCCAGGCUCGCGUGCACCAGCUCCUGCUGCAGAACAAGGACAUGCUCCAGCACAUCUCUCUGCUGGUCAAGCAGGUGCAGGAGCUGGAGCUGAAGCUGUCAGGACAGAACGCCAUGGGCUCACAGGACAGCUUGCUGGAGAUCACCUUUCGCUCUGGAGCCCUGCCUGUGCUCUGUGACCCCACGACCCCUAAGCCAGAGGACCUGCACUCGCCACCGCUGGGCGCGGGCUUGGCUGACUUUGCCCACCCAGCGGGCAGCCCCUUAGUUGACCACAGCAUGUUUGAGAAUUUGAACACAGCCCUCACUCCAAAGCUCCAGGCCAGCCGCUCCUUCCCCCACCUAUCCAGGCCUGCGGCUCCGGGCUCUGCCGAGCCUGGUGGGCCGGGGCUCUGGGUGGGCAGCAGCCAGCACCUCAAGAACCUGGGCAAGGCCAUGGGGGCCAAAGUGAAUGACUUCCUGCGGAGAAAGGAGCCCCCAAGCCUCGGCAGUGUGGGUGUGAUGGAGAUCAACAAGACUGCAGGGGCCCAGCUGGCCAGGGGUGCUGACGUGGCCUCGGGGGCCUGGCUGGAGGAUGAGACGUCAUUCCCGCAGGAAGCGUUCCCCCGGCUGGACCCUCCGCCUCCCAUAACCAGAAAGCGAACCCCUCGCGCCCUGAAGACUACCCAGGACAUGCUGAUUUCAUCGCAGCCUGUCCUCAGCAGUCUGGAGUACGGGACAGAGCCAUCAUCCGGGCAGCCCCAGGACAACCCUCCCACUGCCCAGCCUGUCCCAGCAGACGCUUCACAGCUAGAGGCCACCAUGGAAGUCGGAGAGAAGGGCGAGGUUCUGUCCAACGGAGAGGUUUCCCUGUCGGUACCCGACCUCAUCCACAAGGACAGCCAGGACGAAUCCAAGCUAAAGACGACGGAGCAUAGAAGGGCCUCCUCCCCUGGCCUCAUCGAGCAGAAUGGCCUCAAACUCAGCUUGAGCCCCAUCAGCCUGGCUGAGUCCUGGGAGGACAGCAGCCCUCCUCCUCGGGCACGGACCUCCAGCCUUGACAACGAGGGCCCCCACCCAGACCUGCUGUCCUUUGAGUAGAGCCUCUUCUCUUUCCUGCUAAGUGCCACCUCCUCUUCCUGUUGCAUCCUCUUCUGCUGUGCACACUGGCCCCCGCCCCAGUUCUGCCAUGCCUUUUGCCUCCUUGCGUGGGACACCAGCAGAGGCCCGCCC